CGCCACCAUGAUCGCCGCCCAGCUCCUCGCCUACUACUUCACCGAGCUCAAGGAGGACCAGGCCAAGAAGAUCGACAAGUACCUGUACGCCAUGCGGCUCUCCGACGAGACCCUGCUCGACGUCAUGGCCCGCUUCCGCAGGGAGAUGAAGAACGGCCUCUCCCGGGACUUCAACCCCACGGCCACCGUCAAGAUGCUGCCCACCUUCGUGAGGUCCAUUCCCGACGGAUCAGAGAAGGGCGACUUCAUCGCGCUGGACCUCGGCGGCUCCUAUUUCCGCAUCCUGCGCGUGAAGGUGUCGCACGAGAAGAGGCAGACGGUGCAGAUGGAAACGGAGAUCUACAACACGCCCGAGGACAUCAUGCACGGCAGCGGCACACGGCUUUUUGAUCACGUUGCUGAAUGCCUGGGCGACUUCAUGGAGAAGCAACAGAUCAAAGACAAGAAAUUACCGGUCGGCUUUACCUUUUCUUUCCCGUGCCGGCAGUCCAAGCUGGAUGAGGGAAUCCUCAUCACGUGGACGAAGCGCUUCAAGGCGAGCGGCGUGGAGGGCGCCGACGUCGUGCGGCUGCUGAGCAGGGCCAUCAAGAAGCGCGGGGACUACGACGCCGACAUCAUGGCGGUGGUCAACGACACCGUGGGCACCAUGAUGACGUGCGGCUUCGACGACCAGCGCUGCGAAGUCGGCCUCAUCAUCGGCACGGGCACCAACGCCUGCUACAUGGAGGAGCUGCGGCACAUCGAGCUGGUGGAGGGCGACGAGGGCCGCAUGUGCGUCAACACGGAGUGGGGCGCCUUCGGCGACGACGGCUCGCUCGAGGACAUCCGCACCGAGUUCGACCGCGAGAUCGACCGCGGCUCCCUCAAUCCCGGCAAGCAGCUGUUCGAGAAGAUGGUGAGCGGGCUCUACAUGGGCGAGCUGGUGCGGCUCAUCCUGGUGAAGAUGGCCAAGGAGGGGCUGCUCUUCGAGGGCAGGAUCACCCCCGAGCUGCUCACCAAGGGCAAGUUCGAGACCAAGCACGUUUCUGCCAUAGAAAAGAGCAAGGAGGGCCUGAGCAAAGCCAAGGAGAUCCUCACGCGCCUGGGCGUGGAGCCGUCGCACGAGGACUGCGUGGCCGUGCAGCACGUGUGCACCAUCGUGUCCUUCCGCUCGGCCAACCUGGUGGCCGCCACGCUGGGCGCCAUCCUCUGCCAGCUGCGCGACAACAAGGGGGUCGGCCGCCUGCGCACCACCGUCGGCGUCGACGGCUCCCUCUACAAGAUGCACCCACAGUACGCGCGGCGCCUGCACAAGACCACGCGGCGCCUCGUGCCCGACUCGGACGUGCGGUUCCUGCUGUCGGAGAGCGGCAGCGGCAAGGGCGCCGCCAUGGUCACGGCCGUGGCCUACCGGCUGGCCGAGCAGCACCGCCUCAUCGACGAGACGCUCGCCGAGUUCAAGCUGACGCACGAGCAGCUGCUGCAGGUCAAGAAGAGGAUGCGGGCAGAGAUGGAAGCCGGCCUCAGGAAGAAGAGCCACGAGGCGGCCAAGGUGAAGAUGCUGCCCACCUUCGUGCGCAGCACGCCCGAUGGCACAGAGAAUGGAGACUUUCUGGCGCUUGACCUUGGAGGAACAAACUUCAGAGUUUUGCUGGUGAAGAUCCGCAGCGGUAAAAGGAGAACGGUGGAAAUGCACAACAAGAUAUACGCCAUUCCCAUCGAAGUGAUGCAGGGAACCGGAGAGGAGCUGUUCGAUCACAUCGUCACCUGCAUUUCCGACUUCCUGGAUUAUAUGGGAAUCAAGGGCGCCCGGCUUCCUCUGGGCUUCACCUUCUCCUUCCCUUGCAAGCAGACCAGCUUGGACGCUGGCAUCCUGCUCAACUGGACGAAAGGGUUUAAAGCGACCGACUGCGAGGGAGAAGACGUGGUGUAUUUGCUCAGAGAAGGAAUCAAAAGGAGAGAGGAGUUUGACUUGGACGUGGUGGCCGUGGUGAACGACACGGUGGGCACCAUGAUGACGUGCGCCUACGAAGACCCCAACUGCGAGAUCGGGCUCAUCGUGGGCACCGGCAGCAACGCGUGCUACAUGGAGGAGAUGAGAAACGUGGAGAUGGUGGAGGGCGAGCAAGGGAGGAUGUGCGUGAACAUGGAGUGGGGAGCCUUCGGGGACAACGGCUGCCUGGACGACAUCCGGACGAUCUACGACAAGGCGGUCGACGACUUCUCGCUCAACGCCGGCAAGCAGAGGUACGAGAAGAUGAUCAGCGGSAUGUACCUGGGCGAGAUCGUCCGCAACAUCCUCAUCGACUUCACCAAGCGGGGCUUCCUCUUCCGAGGGCAGAUCUCGGAGACGCUCAAGACGCGGCACAUCUUCGAAACCAAGUUCCUCUCGCAGAUCGAGAGCGACCGGCUGGCGCUGCUGCAGGUGCGCACCAUCCUGCAGCAGCUGGGCCUCAACAGCACGUGCGACGACAGCAUCAUCGUGAAGACGGUGUGCGGCGCCGUGUCGCGGCGGGCCGCGCAGCUCUGCGGCGCCGGCAUGGCCGCCGUCGUGGACAAGAUCCGGGAGAACAGGGGCCUGGAGCACCUGGAGAUCACGGUCGGCGUGGACGGCACGCUCUACAAGCUGCACCCGCACUUCUCGAGGAUCAUGCACCAGACGGUGAAGGACCUGGCGCCCAAGUGCGACGUGACCUUCCUGCUCUCGGAGGACGGCAGCGGCAAGGGGGCGGCGCUCAUCACGGCCGUGGGCUGCCGCCUGCGCGACGCCGAGCAGAACUGAGCCGCGCCGCCGGGCGCUUCCUCCUAACGCGGCGACUGCCCAGCCUGAGCGGGUGACAACGGAAAAGGAAGGAAAAAAAAUUAAAAAAAMCCCCCAGAACUCACUGCUUUAUUGGGAAAAAAACCCACAAAAAACACAACUAAUGACAUGAAUAGGAUACAAGCUAGAAUGUGUGCUGUUAAUAAUAUCUCCUGUUUCUGGACCCCCAACCCAAUCUGCAUGUUUUUUAUUCACCUUGUUGGUCCCUGCCCGCCCUGUAGGUCCUUGGAAGCGGGUCUGUGCUUCCCGMCGCCGCACGUGGGAUUUGCUCCCGGAGGCGGGAAGCGGCCGGUCGCUGCUCCGUACGGGAGCCUCGGCGCCCGCGCGGCCCCGCUCGCUUCCUCGGCUCCCGCUGCGCCGCGCUGGGAAGCGCUGGGACAUUUCCUCGCCCUGCGGCUCUGGCUCCGCCGGCGUCUCCCGCUGCCUCUGUGAGUUGUGUCGUGUUGCCGAGCGGGACCCGGAGCGCUGGGGCAGGAAAAUCCCGAGGGAGGCGGGUGGUGACGGGGGUGAUGCCGACCUGCCUGGGACCUCCUAUAAACACGUUUUCUGUCUCCUCUUGCCAGCCCGGAUGGGGCACCGGAGCUGCYGGACCUGCAGCUCCCUCGUGUUGCCCGGAUGCCUCCUUCCUUCUCUCCCCCUAAAUGAGUAUUUGUUUCCACUCAAAGCUUUAAUCUUUAAUUCAGCUAAAGGCCAGGAGGAGAAAGGAAUUGGAGGGUUUGAUUUUUUCUUUUUUUUUUUUCUUUCCCCAAUCUUGGCUUUGAGGACCCAGCUUCAGAGAGCAACCGACCCACCCAACCACCAAAGUCAGGCCCAGCUUAUUCCAAGGACUAAAGCAACAGGGCUACACACACACUUGGUGUUUCGUGUCCUCCGUYGAGUCGAUGCCAUCCUUACAUUCACGCGCACUCGUUUUCCCUACGUUGAGAAGUAGCUUAGGGAGGCAGAAGCUCAAAGGCAGUCGCAAGUCACCCCACGUUCUGCAAGGCGGGAGAGCUGACACUACGUGAGCCUUUAACUCCCGUUCUCCCCCCAAAACGGCGAUGCCUGCAUGGCCUUCCCACCUCUCUCCCUGCAGAAAGUAGGCAGGAAUUUGCAGGCC